CGCUUAGGUAUGUGUAAAAAAACACUUUCUUGCCUGGUUUUCAGUGAGGCAAUUGUAUAUGCAAUCGACUUUAGACAAAAAUAUACGAAUUUUUCUUGAGUCUUGCAUUUUUUAAAUAUAAUUUCUGCAAAUUCCAGUUCAAAUUCUCACAAAUUGCUGUGCAUUUCUCGAGAAUUUUUCGUCCAGUUAAAGUGGCAACACCGAGGACAAAAAAAUAAACAAAACACAGAUAAAAGCUUACUUCGACAUUUCUGUAAACGAAAACAUCGAUAAUUUUCUUUUAUUUUCGUCGUUAUGUCGGAACGGCAGCAAGUGACAAUAAAAGCAAAAUGUAAAGGAGUCAUUAGAUUACUAAAGAUCCCGAAAGAAAGCUCUUACGAAGAAUUUUAUCAUCUGCUGAAGAAUAGCUUUGGGAUAUCACAUUGCCAGGUUCAAUACAGCGACGAAGAGGGAGAUUUGGUUGAACUGGGAUCCAAAGAAGAACUACAAGAGGCAUUACGAGUUGGAGAAAAAUUUGGCCCAUUGAAGAUCACUAUUGUCACAGAAGAAAGUCCAACAAUGAGUGCAAUGACUAAUGUGCCAAAAUCUGAUUCGCCUGUGAAGCCUUCAGACAACACUGAUUCUGCCGCUGGUAAUCCAACAGCCUUGGUUGAACCACUGUCGGGCAUGACACUUGGUGAUAAACCAACACCCAAGCCGAGACCAAACCGUAAGCGGGCUGGAUUCUACACUUCGUUGUGUAGCGAUAUUUCAGAUAUUCAACUGGAAAGAUCUCUGAUGACCCCUGGCCAAGGAAACCAGGGUAAUGCCGGAUUGAGAAAUAGGCAAGAACAGAAAAAGCAUAGAAAAAGAAAUGCACAUCAAGAAAGGAGAAAUAAUGCAUCCUCUGCUUGCGAGAUUCCUGAAUCUGGCAAUGCCUCAGCAAACAAAGUGGAACCAAGGAAAACUAAAAAGGAGAAGAAGCUACAAGGAAGUAAAUACUACACCUCUUUGGCAGAAGAUAUUGCAGCCAUGAAACUCGCACAGCUAGACCAGACCUGUCAACCUAACCAAAGCCUUCAGGCAGACCAAGGUGGUGAUCAAAGCAGUCUGAAAGAUCAGAGCAAUCAGCAAGCUGAUCAAACAUGUCCUGACGUUGAGCGCAAGCAAUCCCAAGUUCCGGCAACAAAGGUGGAGACUACACAUUCACCAAUAUCAAGACAACAAGAUGUGGACGCUGAGGUUGAACAAGUCGAGAAAGAGUUGAAUGAGGUUACACUCAGUGAUGAUGAACCACCACCAAAGUGGUUUGGUAAAAUCGUGCGUCAGAUGAGUCAAUCAGUAUCAUCACAAGUACUUGGUGCAUUAAAUGGUGCUCUUAUUUCAUCAAUACCAGCUGAAAAACCAGUGCGACGUGAUGGUGCACAUUAUGUUCAUGAAGGUAUUGCAUGCAACGGGUGUAAACAGAUUAUUAUUGGACCUCGCUAUAAAUGCGGAAACUGCCCAGAUUAUGAUUUGUGCGAGGAGUGCGAGGUGAUUGAUGGUCUCCACGAUCCAUCCCAUGUGUUUGUCAAACUACGCUUCCCAUGCAUUGGUAUAGGAAGACGACAUGGCGUUAUGAUACCACUUCUUAAGAACAUUAUUUACAAAAGUAAAGAUGUGGAAUUGGCUGAAGAACAGGACAAGAGAAUGAAGGAAGUUCGUAAGAAGUUGAAACAACUUGCAAAGAGAAAGAGAGAGGAGCAGGUUGGAAAGAAGAAAGCUGACAAGAAAAUUAAAAAACUGAAAGCUGGCAUCAUCUACAGCAACACAGAGAGUCCUGUGUCUGGUGGUAUGGAUCUGGCAUGUCUUGGUGAUGAAAGUUAUCCAGAUGGAACUGAAGUUACACCAGGUUUUGAGUUUACGAAAUGCUGGAAGAUCAGAAAUACUGGAAACAUCGCAUGGAACAGAAAUACAAAGCUUGCAUUUAUGUACGGCCAAAUGCGAUGUCAAAAAUCAAACGAAGUUGAUCUUCCACAUCUUGAGCCAGGCCAGGAAGGAAUGGCCAUGGUCACCUUCAUUGCACCACUUGACGAAGGCGAAUACUACAGUGUGUGGCGAGGAUCUCAUGAUGGCAGAAUCUUCGGUAAAAAGAUUUGGUGCAAGGUUAAAGUCAUCAAAGAAGAAGUACCAUCAGCAGAAGAAGAUGAAAUGGUUGAUAAAGAUGCGUGCGGUACCCCCACUCAAGAAUCAGAGACGCCUGGGGAGCCAAAUCUUGAGAUAUUGAACAAUCAUGGCUCGUCGACGAUCAUGACAGAACCCGAUCCAAUAUUCCAUUCCUAUACGGUUCAAACACAAAACAAUGAGAUCGACACGAACGAAUCUGAAAAUCAGGCAACAACGAGCAACGCAUCUUUGCUCGAGUGUAAUGAUUUGGAGUGGGACACGUGCUUAUUGGACGAUGAUCAUCCAAUAAUCGUGAAUGAAGAUGAUGCACAAGAUAUUGAGGUGAUAAGCAACGCAAGCUCAGAUGAUUAUUGUGUGGUACCACUACCAGCCUGUUUUAAUCCGGACAUUCCGCUGAACAGCGGUGAUUUCGCCGCUGUGGAAAGCCCAGAAAUGAUGAUGGAGCCUGAGGUUCUGCUGGAGCCGCUUGUGGACGAACAAAAGCAAGCGAAUGAGGAGAAUAGCGAGGACGAUGAACCAGGAACGGAUGAAGAAGAUGAGACCACGACUCCUGAGGACAACGCGGGAUCAACGGAAGAAGAUAUUAAAGUUAUCCCUAUUAUCCCUGAAGAACAAUCGUCAUCCCACGAGGUUGUCGUUGAAUCACGAAGCGCAAGUCAGACGCCUGAGUCAACACAAUCAACGCCAAUCGAUAUUGUCGUCCAGAAUAGCGAACGAAAUAACUUUUCACCUGUAAUGCCAAGUUUCGAUGUGAGAUCCACGAUUAGCGAACCAGUAGCAACUCAACCACAUUCCUUUGAACGCACCCCUAUGAUUCCGGGAAGAUUGCCUUCGUCACCCCCCGGGAGAGCCGUGCCGGUCGUACAGACGCAGUCCUCCGCUGAAAUUCCGCUCACGAGAGUCUGCUCAGUACCAGGUUCUUUUGAAGUGCACGCCGCAAGUGGAGUGAUUGAAGACAGUGAGUGGAAAGCUGUUAGGACGCAACCCCCCGAAGUGGUUGUCGCUCGUCAGGUGUCGGAAGAGGAAACAGUAACAAUCCAACCUCGAGGUGCAUCACCGACGACUUCACCGAACUCAAAUCAAAGCACGGCGCAGUUUGCCUCGAGUCUGGUGACGGGUACGCUGAAACGAGCCAUUGGUACUGUUGCUGAUACGGUCACCUCGUUUGUGACUGGCAAAGAUAGCAAUCCCACUGUUGCUUACGAUGCUGAAGCAAGCGGAGAUGACGCUCAAAUUCACGUCAUUUUACCAGAAGUCGUUGUGCCCGUGGAAACAAGGGAAAGAUCAACCUCGGGACAAAAUGACACCCGAGCUCAACAUAUGAAACUUCAAGAAAUGGGAUUCUGUGAUCGACUCUUGAACGAAAGACUGUUGAAAAAAUACAACAACGAUGUGAACAAAGUUGUCACGGAGUUACUUCACGAGAACGACAAUAAUUGGCACAAUGGCAGACAUUGAGUGAAACGCCAGAACGUUUCUUUUGAAAUACAAAAAAAAAAUAGUAUAAUCGUCUAUAUACGUUGGUAACUAAGUGCUUAAAGUUUCACAUAAAUAUAAUUGUUGUUUUGUAAAUAUAUAUGUAUCAACCAGUAAUUACGACAAAUGGGUUGGGAUUAUAUAAAAACAGUUACAUGGUAGUUUAGAUUAAGUGUUACUAUUGUAUAUGUCUUACAUUAGAUUGGAUUAUCAGUGGAAAUAUGAUAAUACUUUAGUUCUUGUAGUAACAUACGACAUCAAGAUGUUUUUCAGUUCAAAGACUUCAAAUUGCACUUUAGCAAAAAUCUGGCGUAAUUCAGUGUGUGUGCUAAAAUUAUAAAGUGUUAAACAAUGUCAUCUUACGUAUAAUAGUAAAAAACCCGGUUAAUUUGUAUAUCAUACUGACUCGUUUAUUCCGGGUAUUUUUGUGAUAUCGUUUUUGGCAGAUGUGUAUAGAAUUCGAGUCAUUUAUAGUGGCUAGUUGUAUAGAUGUUUGCUGUUACAACGUCUUAGUAUAGUUUAUAGUUCUUUACUCCGUAAACUAAUCAAUCUAUAGCAUCCCAGCUUAAACAUGAAAAGAUUGAAAAGCUUAAAUAAAAACUAUAAUAAUAUGGUA